CAUGAAUAUAUCUCAUUUACAGCAAUGACAACAGCAUCACCAAUGGGGUGUAAUAGGUACGGCAAUCCAUGCUGUUAUAAUCAGCAUUCAAUCUCAGAAAGUAAAAGCUGCAAAGAAUGUCCACCUGGAUCCAUGGGAUGGAACUGUAAUAUGACCUGUCCGUCAGGGUUUUAUGGAAGGUUGUGUCAGUUUCACUGUAAAUGCCUAGCCUAUAACUGCCAUCAUGUCACAGGAUGUACUAAAGAAAACAACUUUUGGUCUCAGAACACGACCGAUGAAAAGCAUCAAAUGUCCAAUUUUCCUGAUUGGUUGGAUAAAACUGAAGAAUGGCAAACCACAAAAACAUCCAAUCUUAAACUGUUUUCUGUUUUUGAAUGGUCGAAUAAAACGACAAAUAUGGAAGCCUUGAUAACUUCCAGUAUGUACCCAGCAGGGCGUCAAGAUCAAAAUGUUAAACAACAUGAUGUCACCUGGUUAGCUGUAAGCUGUUCACUGAUUGGAUCUUUAGCAACGCUCUUUCUAAUUGGAUGUUUUAUGUGCUUCCGUUCUCGUCGCACGCUUCAGAAGAAAGCUCCAAAAGGAAUCAAGAGGAUUUUAUUUUCCCGUUUAGAACCAGAUAGAAACGUACAGCAUCAUCCGCAAGAAGGACAGCUGGAACAUUCCACUCUUAUUCCCGUAGAACAAUGUCAAGGUGACGAUCCUUACACAGAAAUACGGUAUUCCCAGAUGGGCGGAGAAUGUGCAGAAGCAGCCAUGAAUAUAAAUAACAAAGGCAAUGCGAUGUCCAAAGAACUCAAAUGUUUUGCGAGAAAUACAUAUUUGUAUGAAAAAUGUUCAUUUGAAACUGAAUAUGACCACAUUAAUCUUAAAGUGAAUUCAAACUUACCUUCGUUGCAUAAGGAGGAAAGAAUUGUAUGUGGUGACCUUCAGGAAUAUGUUGAUCUGCCUGAUGAAGGUCGGUUACAAAAGGAAUUCCCUAAUCAUGAUGGAAGUUCCAAAUCUUUGACUUUACCUCUAAAUUUGAAGAGGGUGAGUGAUCACAAUAAAUUGAAACCACACUUCUACAGUCUAUGUCAUGAUGUUUCGACAAACAUGUUAAAGGUUGAUCAAGACAAAACAGGCAUAGAAAACGAUUGUGUAAAACAAUUUUUUCCUGAAUGUCUGCAGACUGGAUCUGAUCCCGAAGUUAAGGAAGAAGACCGACCUUAUAGCUGUGGUCAUUCACUAUUAAAUGAUGAUUUGAAUCCAGAAGAAAAAUUGAGUACUGCAGAAGUCAGUAUUAUUUUAUCAAGUGUAACGGAGGACUCAAGUCCUUCCCUUGACAACCCAUACAGUUAUGUUAAAAAGUUGUGAGGAAAAAGUCACACAUAACUCAAAUCAAACAAAACCCA